AAUUAAACUAUUAAUUUUAAAAAUUAUAAAGUUCUUAAUAACUUAUUUAUUUUUAAGUUUGAGGUAUUGUUUGUUUAUUGAUGCGAGACUACAAUUCUUUACCUAAAUUAAAAAAUAUGGAAAUAAAUGGACAUUUAUAUCCUAACAUUUGAUUGGUAAAAACAGUUAAUAGAAAAGAUUUAAUAGAAUCCAAUUCUCUCAUGUCAUUGAAAAUUGAAACAUUGCAAAAUGGAAUACAAAGUAUAAUAAACCAGGCCAAAAAUCCAGCACCCCUAAGGCUCAGGGAUCUUAUAAGACAGAUCAGGGCAGCCCCGACCGCCGCCGAAGAGAGGGCGGUCAUACAGAAGGAAUGCGCUUACAUCCGAUCAACAUUUAGGGAGGAAGAUAAUACAUACAGAUGUAGGAACGUGGCAAAGCUUUUGUACAUUCAUAUGCUCGGUUAUCCCGCUCAUUUCGGUCAGCUCGAAUGCCUAAAACUGAUCGCCUCGCCUCAUUUCACUGACAAAAGGAUAGGGUACCUAGGCGCUAUGCUUCUGUUGGACGAAAGACAAGACGUUCAUUUACUAAUGACCAAUUCACUUAAAAACGAUUUAAGCCAUCAAACUCAAUUCGUGGUCGGGUUAGCCUUGUGCACUUUAGGCAAUAUAUGUUCGCCCGAGAUGUGCCGAGACCUGGCAGGAGAAGUCGAAAAACUCAUGAAAACUUGUAACCCAUAUAUCAGGAAAAAGGCUAUUUUAUGCGCUUUUUGUAUCAUACGGAAGAUACCAGAUUUGAUGGAAAUGUUCAUACCCGCUACGCGAGCAUUAUUGAGCGAAAAAAAUCAUGGCGUGUUAUUGACGGCUAUUGUUUUAAUCACCGAAAUGUGCGAAAAAUCGGUCGACGCCCUUAAUCAUUUCAAAAAGUACGUUUCGAAUUUAGUCAGAAUCUUGAAGAAUCUCAUAAUGGCCGGAUACUCGCCGGAACACGAUGUUUGUGGCAUCAGUGAUCCAUUUUUACAGGUCAAAAUUUUGAGAUUACUACGAAUAUUGGGAACAGAUGACGCGGAAGCUAGCGAAACUAUGAACGAUAUUUUGGCUCAAGUUGCUACCAACACAGAGAUUUCCAAAAAUGUUGGUAACGCCAUACUCUAUGAAACCGUCCUAACAAUUAUGAAUAUCAAAUCGGAAUCCGGCUUAAGAGUCCUAGCUGUCAAUAUAUUGGGCAGAUUUUUACUUAACACCGAUAAAAAUAUCAGAUACGUGGCGCUCAAUACAUUGUUAAAAACGGUGAACAUUGAUCACAAUGCCGUCCAGAGACAUAGGAAUACUAUAUUAGAGUGUCUUAAAGAUCCUGAUUAUUCCAUUAGAAAACGUUCCAUGGAACUGUGUUUCGUUCUCAUAAACAGCUCUAACGUGAGAAGUAUGGUGAAAGACCUACUCAUUUUCCUUCACACCUCACCGGAAUCUGAGAUGAAAGCAAAAUGUUCAUCCAGCAUCUACCUUUGCGCUCAAAAAUUUGCCCCUGAUAAAAAAUGGAAGAUUGAUACGAUGGUCAAAGUCUUGCAAACGGCUGGUAAUCAUGUGCCUGAAGAAGUAGUUGGCAGCGUGAUUAUACUCAUAGCAUCAAGUGAUAAAGGGGACCAAUCCUACGCCUGUACCAAGCUCCUUUCUAAUAUCCCAUACUACUCCAAUGCACAUAAUUCCAAUUUCUCACCUGGCGAUAAUAAAACCCCCAACGAUAUGAACACAGCUGAUAAAUUAUUUGGGGAGAACGACGAAAGUGGGACAGACAUAUUUGAUGAUUUCACAACUAAUUUGACGCCAGUUGCGAAAGGGUUGGGUGACAAAAAAUCCGGUGAUCUAAAUGAUGACACAGAAGGUAUCGAUUCAGAAUUUUUUAGCUCGGACCCGAAUGAAAUUGCUGAUACAAAAAUAUCUGGUUCACACAGUGACCUUGGGGAUAAAGUUAAAGAAAACGGCAAGAGAUCUUAUCAACCACUAAAUCAAGUCAUUUUGUGGUGUUUAGGCGAGUUUUACAGACCAGCAGAAAGGGAUUCAAAUGAAGCCAGAAUAGUUCUAGAAUACAUAGAUGAAUUAUUAAUAUUUCCGUCCACCAAUUUGACCACAAAAGAAUACGCAAUCAACGCGUUAGCCAAGUUAUCCACCCGCUUUCCUUCUACUGAUCACUUAUUGAAUCGUAUAAAGUUAAUUAUAUCUCGCUAUACUGUUAGCAUGGAGACCGAGCUACAGCAAAGGGCCAUCGAAUAUGAUUCUCUCUUUAAAUUAGAUAUAGAUCUUAGGAUGGGCAUACUCGAGCAAAUGCCUCCCCCUUCUACAACCAACUUUAACACGAAUAAUUUUGAUUCCAUUAGCGAGUUAACACGUAAUAAUGGGGAUCUCAUAAGCGAUAUUUACUCUGACCUCGAUCCCAAGCACAAUGAUAUUGAUUUUACAAAUCAAAACGGCAAUACAAAUGACCAUAUAUUCGAUGGUUUUAGCCUUUCAAAAUCGAAGACUCGCAUUCCUGCAACUAAAUCUGAAAAGAUUAACACCAGCCACAAGCAUUUCACUCCCGCCCUAAUUAAUGGCUCCUCUCAUCUGAGCAAUGGAAUUAGCCCCAAACCCGACAAUUCAUCUUCCAGUAAAGAUAUAUUAUUGGACAUUUUUAACAGUAUAAACGAUACUCUACCGUCUUCUUUAAUUUCGGGAAAUAAUUCCCAAAUUCUUACCACAAAAAUUAAUACUAAGAGUAACGCAUUAGAUGAUCUGCUAUUUUCUUCCAAUGAUAAUAAGCCUCCUAAAAAUGAUGUAAUUGUGAAUGGUCACAAGGGAAUUCAUAAUCUAAAUAACGGAAACGGAAUCAACAGUUUAAAUAUAAUGGAUCUUUUUAACACAUCGACUCACAGUGAACCCAACAACGGAUUUGAUAUUGAUAGAAGUAAGGAUGUAAAUAAUAAAAUACCAGAUAUGCUCGUCUUGGACAAACACCUUAUAUUGGUAAACUUUUCUUUCACCCAUGAAAAUGGUCGUUUAAGUAAUGGCGACAACAAGCCGUCCAUAUUCAUCAAUAUGAGAGUCUUGAAUAAAAACACCGACCCUAAUCUUAUAGUUUCUGAUUUUUUGAUGCAGGCAGCGGUCCCUAAGUCAUUUCAACUGCAAAUGUUGCCUCCUUCGAGCAAUCAAAUUCUGCCAAAUGGUGGCAUACUAAAUCAAGGCAUGACUAUCAUGAAUCCCCUCAAAGCUGCAUUGAAAAUGAAGUUGAGGUUUACCUUUAUGAUCAACGGAAAGGAAUAUACCGAAGAUACGCAAGUUAACAACUUUCCAAAAGAUUUAUGGAUUUAAAAAAAAAUCGAAAGUCGCGAAUGUAAUGUGAUCGAUUAUAUCCCUCCUCAAAUUUAUGUUCCUUGUCAUGUUACAAAUACUCGACGCCCUCCAAAAAUUUAAAUCGCAUAAGGAAUCGCUUGCAAAUUUAUUAGUGAUUCUUUCAUUAUCAGUUUUAUAACUCAUCUAGACACAUAAAAUAUAAAAAUUAAUUUAUUUAAUAAAAUAUAUAUUUUAAUAAUUUAAUUUACCAUUCCAAGUUUUUUAAUAGAAUUUGAUUGAUAAAAUAUUUUAUAAUUAUUAAAUUUCACACACUUGGA